GGUUCAUGGAGAAAUGUGUUAUUAAGUCCAGUGAUGAGCCUGUCGAUGCCGGGUCAGAAAUCUAAAUAAAACGCUUCUACUGACCACGGUGCGUCAGAUCAUUAGUAUGCACUUAAUCGCAUUUACUUAUAAGGUCCGGAGAUCGGAGGUAGUGUCCGUGCGUAUAAAAAGGAGGUGCGGGGAAAGCGGCUCUCCAGUAGUCAACUGGAAGCUGUCUUUUGCCUCCUCUUUUUAUACAGGUAAGAUCAUAGUAAGAUACUUGCGCGGUUUUAAUAAAAGUUAACAAAAAUGAUUCAGAAGGUUCAAGUAAAUAUAAUAUCUUAUUUUCAGAGUUUUUGUAAUCAAUGUUUAUUGUUAUUAAUUAUACAUUAUAUUAUAUUGUGGAAUUUGAUUGGAAUGUUUUAUUAGUAAACUUGAAUAAAAGAAGUAGUCAACUGGAAGCUGUCUUUUGCCUCCUCUUUUUAUACAGGGAAAGGGCUACUCCCCAGGUUGAGGAGCAGAGAAUUCUGGGUUAUAUAACGUGGCACAGACAACGCCAGGUGUCUGGUCAAGGACGAAUAAGAUCCCGAGGAUCAAAUUAACGGAAAUAUCGUAUUAAGCAAAAUCCUAGUACGAUAUAGUGGUGGAAAUCCGGUCUUCGUCCAAGCCACGGUAACGUCAAUUCUUCCAGUUAGAGAACUUUGUUAAUGGCCAAAUUAACGCCGUUUCAAAAACUUAAAAGAGCUGUGUCGAGACUUUCGGUAACAUCUGGCUCGAAAUUUAUUCAGCCUGAUUUUGAAGAUUCAGACAUUGAAUUUAACGCUAACACAUAUAGACCAGAUUUCGUAUCAGAAUCGAGACCAGAUUUUGCAUCAGGAUCGGACAAGAACUAUAAAAACAUUUCGCAAACUUCCCCGCCUUUGUUUUAUUCUAAUGAUGAUUUAAAUUUCAACUAUCCAUCUGUGGUACUAAAUCCACACGAGGCAUCUUCAUCCCAGGCGGCUUCCUUCGGAGGGACUACAUUUCCGCCCUUCGAUAGACACGAAAUCAGCAGAGUCCCGGACCCGUCGGACGCACCGAACGCGAACAACGUCAACAACGGAUUCAACGCCCCGGACCCUUCGGACGCGCACAACGCCCCGAACGCAUCCCAGGCCUCCAAGACAAGCAACCCACCGCAGAACCUACCUCGAACCAGCCAGGAAUAUGUAAUACCAGAAAAUACGGCUGCCAACUCACAGACAGCAGGGAAAGGGCUACUCCCCAGGUUGAGAAGGAGAGAAUUCUGGGUUAUAUAA